AUGGCCCCCGCAUCAAGUUCAUCAUUGUCAAAGAAGGAACCUUCACUUUUCUCUACUCUAGGAUGCUGGGUAGACCAUGGCUCCAACCAGGUGGUUCAUGACUGGGCUAAUCAAAAAAAACUGUUUCAAGCAGGGAAACGCGGGAUGGAAGGCGGAAGUGAGGAGGCUUUCGCAGCCUUC